AUGUCCUCCAAUCCCCCCUCCCAAUUCAGCCAGCCCGUCGCCGACCCAGUAGCACACUUCAAAUCCAUCCCAUGGUGCUCCUCCCUCCUGAGCUCCAAAUCCGUCGUCCAGGUCCUGGUCCCCGACCGCACGCCCCUGGCCUCCACCGAGUCCGCCAUGGUGCGCGAGACGUUCAACACGCCCAACACCGUCAACGCAUGCGUGACCUUCUUCCGCUACAUCCCGCCCGAGGGAGGCAAGAAGGGCAUGGAAGAGAGGGGCGAGGAUAUGAAGAAUCCGUUCUUGCAGAUCUGUGCGUUGCUGGAUUUGGGGAGCGGGAUUAAUGGGUAUGCGAAGACGGCGCAUGGGGGCUUCUUUGGUGUGGUGUUGGAUGAGGUUAUGGGGACUGCGGCGAAUUUGCAGGCUGCACAAGGAGCGUUCACCGUUUCGCUGAAGGUGGAUUUCAAGAAACCACUCUAUACACCAAGUGUAGUCCUCGCAAGAGGCCAAGUCGUGAAGAAGCAAGGCAAGAGGUUAUCGUUGAAGGGCAGCUUCGAAGAUAAAGAUGGGAAUAUUCUGGCAGUAGCAGAAGGAACGUGGAUCAUGGUCGAUAGAGAUAUUGGAAGAUGGACGACCGAGGAGCAGAAAGAGCAAGCGAAGAAAAGGGCUGAGGGUUCGAAAUUGUAA